AUGGCUAGGGCUAAUUUCCAAUCGCAAUUUCGCCGUCACGGCUCCUUCUUUUCCUCUACGUUCUGGAGCGCUCUAUUUCUGAUGCCGACUUACCACGAACCUGAUCCGGCGCCCGGUAACGGGUCGAUCGGCCCUAACGAGCACACUGGCCUGCUUAACGGUCACGAUUCAAGCCCCCCGCCGUCGGUUUUCAAUAAACUAAUGUGGUAUCGAAGUGACCGUCGGGUCUGGGUGCGUCUGCCAUCUGAGGCAUUUUAUCUGAGUUACGCUACCUUGGUUAGCAACUAUGUGAAUAUCUUGUUGGUUUUAGUGCCUCUGGGUAUGGCUUCAGGGGCGGCUGGAUGGAAUCCUACUGCUACCUUUAUUCUUAACUUUUUCGCCAUCAUUCCUCUUGCAUCGCUGCUGAGCUUUGCGACGGAGGAGUUGGCCGCAACUCUUGGUGAAACCCUUGGUGGACUUCUGAAUGCGACUUUCGGCAAUGCAGUGGAGCUUAUUGUCAGUAUUAUUGCGCUUCAAAAGAACGAAAUCAGAAUCGUGCAAGCUAGCAUGCUCGGCAGCAUUCUAUCCAACAUCCUUUUAGUCUUGGGAUGCUGCUUUUUCAUUGGAGGUAUCAAGCACCAUGAGCAGACAUUUAACUCAACCGUCGCUUCAACAAUGUCUUCUCUGAUGGCAGUAGCUUCGGCGUCGUUGAUUAUCCCCGCGACACUUUACGCCGCUCUAGCUGGAUCCAAAUCUGAUCCUCUGGGCAACAUCUUGAUUUUGUCGCAUGGAACGGCGAUAAUCUUACUCAUUGUGUACAUUAUGUACUUGUACUUCCAGCUAAAAUCCCAUUCGGAUCUCUUUGAAAGCCGAUCCGGAGCCGCCCUGGAAUCUCAGGAUCACCAAGUGGAGGAGACGAACGGCAAUCCACAAAUUCUCAACCCAUGGGCCGCUGGAGUUCUUCUACUAGUGGUCACAGUGGCCGUUGCAAUUUGUGCGGAGUUCCUCGUUGGUACUAUCGAUAAUAUUGUUGAGUCUGCAAACAUUAGUAGGACAUUUAUCGGUCUCAUUCUCAUCCCAAUUGUGGGCAAUGCUGCUGAGCACGUUACUGCCAUUGUGGUGGCUUACAAAAACAAGAUGGAUCUUGCAAUUGGAGUUGCCAUUGGCAGCAGUCUUCAAAUCGCGCUCUUCGUUACACCUUUCUUGGUUAUCCUGGGUUGGAUCUUCAAUCGCGAUAUGACACUCCACUUCCAGACAUUCGAGACGGUUGCAUUCUUCGUAUCCGGAUUGGUGGUCACCUUGCUCAUCCAGGAUGGAAAGUCAAACUAUCUUGAAGGGGGUUUGUGUCUCGGAAUGUACGUGAUUAUUGCCCUUGCCUUCUACGUCUAUCCGGACGACGCCAAGGAUAUUCCAUCUUGGUUCAAGACGUUUGCUUCCCCAGCUUAA